AUGUCAAAAUAUGUUUUAUUUGUUAUUCUUUUCUAUGUAUCUCCAAUUUUCAUAUGUAUGAUAAAUAAAAAUUCCGGAAAAGUAAAUUAUUUUACGAAAAUAUUUUAUAUAUCAUCAAUUGAAAAGCGAAAUGUUACUAGUUACAAUAAUUUUAAAAAUGUAACACUAAUUAAAAAAAAAAAAAAACAAUAUAUUUUAUUAAAAAAAAAAAAUGAUAAUGUGUCCAUUAAUAUCUGUAAAUUACAAAGAAAAAAAAAAAGUAAAAAAAUAGAAGAAAAAUUAUAUAUGUUUAAUCAUAAAAAUAAUUAUCAAAAUGACAUAAAUAAUAAUAAAAAGAAGAUAAGUAAUAGUAAAUAUCAAAAUAAUCAAAAUGUAAAUAUCAAAAGUAAAUGCUUUUAUUCCAAUUUUCCUGGGCAUUAUGAUAACGGAGAUGAUAUUGAUAACAAUAGAAAAAAAAAAAAAAAAAGAAAAAAAAAAUUGAAUUGCAAUCUAAAAAAAAGUAGUGAAGAUACUAACAAUUUGAGAAAUAAUCAAGAAACAAACGAACAGAAUGAUGAAAAAGAAAAUAAAGUGUUAGAAGAAAAUAUUUAUGAGAAUUCUAAUGAAAUAAAUGACGGUGAUAAUAAAAUAUAUAAAGAAAGUUAUUGCAAUAUAAAUGAAAAUAAUUAUAAUGAAAUAGGUGGUGAAGACAAUGCUAUUGAAUUAGAUGAAGAAAAUUCAUAUAAUUUACUAAAUAAAUAUUUGAAGGAUGAGAAAUUAUUAGAUGAUAAAAAAUUAAAAGACAUUAAUAAAAACAAAGCAUUAGAAGAAUAUAAUAAAUUGGUACAAAUGUUGAAAGAAAGUAGUGAAAGAAGAUUAAAUCAAUUAAAAAAAAAUGAAAAAAACGAUAUAUAUGAAUUAAAUGAAAGAGUUGUAAAUAGCUCAAAUAAAUUUAAUAUUGAAAAACUUAAGAAGGAAAUUGAAAAAAAGUUUUCUCCAAAUGAUGCUUUAGAAAGAAAGAUUCAGGAUUACAUUCAUUUGUUUACACAAAAUGUUGAUAAUAAAGAUAAUAAUAAUGAUUAUGCGAAUUCUAAAAAUGAAGAUGAUUCAUAUAGUAAUGGUAGUGAAGAUGAUGCUAAUACAGAAUUUACGAGUGAAGAAGAAGAAGAAAUGAAUAAAAAAGUACUUAAAAAUGUAUGCAAAGGGGAUUACAGUGAUGUUGAUAAAUUUAAUUUUAAGCUUUCGAAGAAAGAUUUGGAAUUAAUGAAGGAUAUUGACGACGAAAAGGUAAUAGACCAUAAAGAAAAAAAAUUAAUAGAUGAAGUUUUUAAUAAAAUACAGGAAGACAAUUCUCUUUAUAAUAGAAUCAAUGAAAAAGAGAAACAAUUGUUAGAAUUAUAUGAAAAACAGAGAAGAGAAAAUAAGAUAAAAAGAUGUGAAGAACUAGAAAAUUUAAAAUAUUACAAUAAAAAAAUGGAAGAAGAAAAUAAAAAAUCCAAAAAUAAUAAUAAAAUUGAAGACGAAAUUAUUAAUAAAAAUAUAUUCUUUAGUAAUCCUGGAAAGUUCGUUGAAAUUAAGGAAGAAGAAAUAAAAGAAAUGAGUGAAUCACAAAUAAAAGAUGAAUUGAGAAAAAGAGGUUAUCCAACUUUUGGUUCACUAGAAGUUAUUAGAAUGAGGCUAUUGGAUGUUAUGAGAAUUAAAGAAACUCAUCAAAUGGAUAUAAGAGAUAUUAUAAGAAAUCCAGAUGAAAACUUAUUGCCUCAUAUUAAAUUAGAAAAAUUAAAAGAACAUAUAAAACAAUAUAAAGAAACAGAUAAAUGCGGUGAUAUAGAUUCAAAAAUAAAGCAAGUAGAUUCAGCGAUUGAAAUUUCGAAUUUUUUAGAGGAUCCAGUUCAUUAUUUACGUAUAGAUACUUCUAAGAAAUUUAUUAAACAGUACGAAAAUAAUACGCAAGAUAAUAUAUUUAAGGAACCAAUAGUAAAUGAUUAUUCUUUUGAUAAAGAAAUAUCCAUGGCUGAUAAACUAAGGAGAACUUUUAAUUUUGAAAAUGAUGAAAACUUACCUGAUAAAAUAAAACAGUAUGGCAAUGAAAAUAACGAAAGUGAUGAAUUAACUGAAGAAAAACAAGAAAUUUAUAGGAGAGAAGUAUUAAAACAUGGAGCAUUACAAGAAACUAUCCAUGAAUUUCAUUAUAAACACAGUUUAUCCUUAGAUUUUUUAGGAGAUUUCAUAUGCAAAUUUUCUAAUGCACAUAUACAGGAAAUAAAUAAAUAUAGAUACAAAACAAAAGAAGAAAUAAAAGAUUUGGGAUCAAAUGAACUUGAAAGUUUUUUAUCACAAGAUACUAUAAAUAAGGAUUUUAUUGUUUAUAAAUUUGUUGAUACCAAUGAUUUAAUCAAAAAUUAUUUAACUACUAAAGAUAUAGUUACACUUAUCGAAUAUUCCAAUAUAGCUGAUCCUGUUGAUAUUAAUCAUUAUUACUCUCCUGAAACUUUAUUUAUGAUUAGUGAAGAAUAUAACAUUACUAUUAAUCACAUAAUUGAUGCUUGCACAAAAUUAAAUAUAAAGUUACCGUAUGGAGGUGAUACCCAUUUAAAUAUGAGUUGUUAUAACUUAUUAACUUGUUACUUAAGUAAAUACAAAAAAAUGAAAAAUUAG